GGCAACAACUCCAAAACUAAGCAAGGCAGAGUUACAGUUAUUGUGCAUUGCACAUCUACCCAAUAAUAUCUACCUACCUACAAAAUUUCAUGUUGAUAUGUCUUAUAGUUUCAGAGUUAUGUUCCAUACAAAGUUCAAAGUGUAAAAAUGAACAAAGGGCCAUGACUCCAAAAUUAGGCAGGGCAAAGUUAUGGUUCUUUUGCAUUGUACUUCUACCCAAUGAGAUCUAUCUACCUACAAAGUUUCAUGUUGAUACCUUUUGUUGUUACAAAGUUAUGUCCCGGACAAGAAAAGAGGACAGACAGACAGACAACUGGACAGAUGUUGUCCAACUGGACAGGUGGACAAAGCGACAACUAUAUGCUCACCCUUCAGGAGCAUAAAAAUCAGGACUUUCUUAUAUUCUGAACUAGUUAAAAUACUGAUUGAAAAAUACAAUGCUAAAAUUUAACAGUUUCUCGCACACUACACACUUUAUUUACGAAAUAAAUGACUGGUUUAAACUUGUAACUUUACAAUGUUAUCAGUGUUAUAAAACUAGGACGUUAAAAAAAGAGCAGAGUCCACGUACCAAAUAAUGAAAUUUUGAAAGUGUGUGACAAUCUGAGAAUUACAAUUUCAAGGUAAAACAUGGCAGUCUCAGGAAAGAAAGCAUCAAAACAAUUUUCAUCAUCAACAACCAUGGCAUCAGAUGAAGAUCUUCAAAUUUACUGCCAGCCUUGUGAUGAGGAAGGGCCUAGACUACCUGCCCAUGGUUACUGUACUGACUGCAAGGAACACCUUUGCAAGAAUUGUUUCACAGCACACAAAGUGAGUAGGGCUUCGAAACAUCAUAUACUUCAGGACGCUACUAAUAUGCCUAAAGUUUUACAGCAACCCUCAACAUCCAUUCACACAGGCCAGUCUGAUGUCCUGACCACACCCUGUCUUAAACAUUCAAAAGAAAUGAUCAAGUUCUACUGCAAUGACCAUACAAAAUUACUCUGCAGUGUUUGUGUUACCCUUGAACACCAAACUACUUCCUGCAAAGUUGAUUACAUACCAGACAUUUCUGGUGAUAUAAUAGACAGCAAAGAAUACCAAGUUAUCUUGAAUGCAGUAAAUACCACUUGUGACAAAUUUCAACAGAAAGUAGAAGAUGUCAAGAAAAUGACAUAUAAAUCCAACAGCUCUCUCAAAGAUGCAUUGGCAGAAAUAAAAAAGUUUCGGCAAGAAAUCAACCAAAGACUAGAUGAACUUGAGAGACAGGCUGAAGAUGCAGCUAAAGUCAUAGAACAAGAAAACAACAAACAUCUGAAAGCAGUAGAAACAACAUGUGAAGACAUAACCAAAUCUUUGAAGGCAUCAUCAGAUAAAAUCAAACAACUUAACACAUCAAAACAAGCUGACGAACUUUUCAUGGAACUCAAACUUGCUGAGAAAACAAUGAAAGAUAUCGAGAAAAAAGCAAUUGAAUUUUCAUCCUAUAAUAUCAAAGAGCACAACUUUAAAGCAAAUGUGGCAAUAUUAAGCAAUCUUAAGGCAGAGAAGUCUUUUGGUACACUGACACAGAGAACAUUAAAUAAAGAAGCUCUACCUAUACAAAUACAGUCUAGACAAUCUUCACAUGAGGGAGAAAUCUGUGUGAAGACAUCGCAAGAUAACAAAAAAUGCUGGAUAACAGGAAUGUCUCUGCUGACUCCUGAUCUUCUUAUCAUCACUGACAUUGAUAACAAAGCUGUAAAGAUGGUGGACACCAGCAGUCAAUCUGUGUUUCAUCAACUACAACUAGAUGAUUGGCCAUGGGAUAUCACCACAGUAACCAGUGCUGACCUUGCUGUCACAAUCAAUCAAAAAAUUCAGUUUAUAUCAAUCUCAUCAAACAAACUCAUAAAGAAGCACACUGUGAAGGUUGAUGGAGACUGUUAUGGUAUAAGCUGUUACCAAGGUAAAUUUGUUGUGUCAUUUGCUGAACCAGCAAAACUUCAGAUCCUUGACCUGAAUGGCACAAUACAAACAACAAUAGAUGGAAAUAAUAUUUUCAAACAUCCAUGGUAUAUCACAUGUAACAGAAGUUCUGUCUAUGUAUCUGACAAGGACAUGAAGACAGUGACAAGAUUAAACUGGCAGGGUGAUGUGCUUGGUAGUUAUAGUGGUAUGAGUGGUCCUAGGGGAAUGUCACUGUCAGAUGAUGGUACUGUCUUUGUGUGUGAUACAGAAAGAAAUGUUAUAGAAGAGAUAUCAGGAGACUGUUCAACAGGAAAUGUGGUGUUGAAGAAUCUGAAAAGUCCAUAUGCUGUAUGCUGGUGUGGAGAAACAAAGAAGCUGUAUUUCAGUGGUAGGCAUGGAUAUGAGAAAUAUGACAACUUUCUUCACACCUAUAAACUAUCAUAAACAUGGGCAAAAUGUUAAGAUAUUUUGACUUUAUCUACACACAUACUAUAAAUGCAAUAUAGUUAUACUUUUCGAUCAGGUGCUUUAUUAUCAAAAUAUAUGCAUGUAUGUAUAACUUUUUAGUUUUAUAAACUAUGGCAAUGUUUAUGUACUGUGAUCCCCAAAGUCCCCAAAAUUCAGUGCUUUU